CCUUUCAAUUGUGAGGAGGAGGGGAGGAGUCAGCUGCGGCUGGUGUUCCUGCUGCUGCUCCAGCUGCUGCUCGGGUUCGGGGCUCCUGGGCCCGGCUGCAGACCAUGGCAGAUCCGGGGGUCAGCUGCUUCCUCACCAAACUCUUGUGCGAGAACAAGGAGGGCUCCUCUGAUGUCCGGCAUUUGAGCCAGAAGAUCGGCUGGUCGGAGGCUCAGCUGAACCAGAUCCUGCAGGAGGCCGGGCCCGAGCGCUUCUUGCUGGUGGAGGACGAGGACCCCACCGUGGCUGUGGCGGUGAGCCCCUUGCGCCUCUGCAGCCAGUACCUGCGGGACGAAUGUGACGGCUGCGAGCGGCUACACCUUUGUAAACUGUUCCUUCAGGAUAGGUGCAGGUUUAAGAAGCAGGGGUACAAAUGCAGAUUUUCCCAUGAUAUUCAUUUGCCUGGAAAUAGCAAAACCUUAAAAAAUAAUGCACUUUUUGGCAUCAAUGAAUCAGAGCUCAAAGUCCUGCUUUUUCAGAAUGAUCCUUCCCUUUUGCCUGAGGUCUGUCCCUUCUACAACAGAGGCGAUGGGCCCCAUGGAUCCUGCAACCUCCAGGAUAAUUGCACCAAGCUUCACAUUUGUAAACACUUCAUCUGGGGGGAGUGUAGAUUUCAGAAGUGCAAGCGAUCUCAUGAUCUACAUGCAGAAAAUGUGAUGAAGUUGCUGAGGGAGCAAGGGCUGAGUCCCUCUGCCAUCUUAAACAUUCAGAGAAUCUGCAAGUAUAAACAUUCAGAAAUCUGCAAGUCCUUUGAUAAGAAGAAAGAUAAACGAACUGAGUCUGCUUCUACAAGCAAUGAGAAGACAAAAACUAAUGAGAUUUGCCUUUACUACAUCUGGAAAUUCUGCAAACAAAAAAAUAACUGCAGGAAUAUUCAUUACAAGUUGCCUUACCGAUGGCAAAAGUUGGAUGGCACUGUUUGGAAUGAUCUUCCCAUGAUGGAAGGGAUUGAAAAAAUCUAUUGUGACCCAAAGAACUCCAGAUAUGUUUCCCCAGCCCCAUCUCCCUCUUCUCCCUCGUACGUCAGUCUCCUGUUCAACUUGGCCCUUGGUCUUCCGCCUCUUUUCCCAAAUGUUGGAGUCCAAAUGGGAGAUCUGGACAUCAAUUUUGAGACUAUGACCUGCGGUUUGAAUCAAGUGCGUCGUUUAUCUACCCCCUCCUCGGUCACCAAACCUUCCAAUAUUCUCUUAACCACAACAUGGCUCUGGUAUUGGAUGAAUGACAAUGGUCAGUGGAUUGAAUAUGGAUCCCAGGGUGAAAAUCAUCCUACUUCUUCAAUAACAUCUAUAGAUAUAGAAACAGUAUUCCUUGCUGAUUCAUUUGCCACUGUAGACUUUCAGGCGGGACAUCAGUUCUAUGAAAUCAACUUUAAAGAAAUGGUUCAGAGAAAUUUGAUAUGCCAAACCAAAAGAAAAGUAUGUAGGAGGCCAAAAUUUGUAUCCCCUGAAGAUGUGGACAAAAUAAGGAAACGUAACCAAGGAGAGGGGAGCCAGCAAGGUGCUUUCACUUUUGCGAUCCCUCCCUCCUGGGACAAAUCAGCUGUGCCAGAUGUUGGUUAUAAGCUUGUGAUGCUCAACGAAACCUCUAAAGAAUUCGGUGAUGUCAAGAGCCAAUUUGAAAAGACAAUGACAGGUUUCGUCAUUCAACGUAUCCAAAGGAUUCAGAAUUUGGCCCUUUGGCAAGUCUUCCAAUGGCAGAAGGACCAGAUGAAAAAAGUGAAUGGAGGGAAGGAUGUGGAUGAACGACAUCUAUUUCAUGGAACAAAAUACAUCCAUUUGAAUGACAUCUGCAGUCAUAACUUUGAUUGGAGGAUUUGUGGGACCCAUGCAACUGUCUAUGGCAAAGGAAGUUACUUUGCAAGAGAUGCAAGUUAUUCCCAUAAUUACUCGGAGUCGGAGACCAAUGUCAAAAUAAUGUUUCUGGCUCGAGUUCUGGUUGGAGUUUUCACUCAAGGAGAUUCAAAAUACGUCCGGCCGCCAAUGCGACAGGGUACACAGAAUACCUUUUAUGAUAGCUGUGUCAAUAACAGAUUUGAUCCCACCAUAUUUGUGAUCUUUGAAAAGCAUCAAAUAUACCCAGAGUAUGUCAUAGAGUACACAGAGAAGAGUAAACAGUGCACCAUUAGUUAAGGCAAAAAAAGUCACUGUUUCCUCAAGUGAAUAAUUUUGUGUGUAUGUGUGUGUGUGUGCGUGUGCGUGUGUGUGUGUGUGUGUGUGUGUGUGUGUGUGUGUGAAUAGUAUCAAAGUAGCUUUUUUACCUUCCUGUUUUUAAGGAAAGCAGUAAGUGAUCAUCUGGGACAGCAGUUACUCAUAACUGAGUUGUAAAAGUCUUUUGUAGCAAAUAGGUUUAUGAAAAAUCAUAUGUAACAUAAUUUCCAGAAGUAGAAUCCUGUUAUAAAUGCGCCCAAGGAACUCACUAUUUAAAGAUAUGCAGCAUUGAAUCAUGAUGCAAAGAAAAGACCAACAACAAACCUUUGAAGUACAAAAAGUCACUGCCUAAUUUAUCUGUUUUCAAAGUUUGGGUUUUCGCUUGAAAGAUUUUCAUAAAAUGGAGGAGUUUGUUUUUG